GGCUCUCGAUGUUUCAUGUCGACGUCUGUCGAGUGUCGAUAAAAGAUUGACACGCUUGAAGUCUUUAUUUUGGGCAUAUUAUUUACGAAUAUUAACAAUUAGAUUAAUAUAUUUAUUUUUGAUAAAGAGAAUUUGAAUAUUCGAAGACUACCAAAAUGAGUACUAUAUUAGAAAAGAUUGCAGCCAUUGAGUCCGAGAUGGCUCGGACCCAAAAAAAUAAGGCUACAGCUCUUCAUUUGGGUAUUUUAAAAGCAAGAUUGGCUAAAUUGCGGCGAGAACUCAUCACUCCGAAAGGUGGCGGCGGAGCUACUGGUGAAGGUUUUGAUGUUGCCAAAACUGGUGAUGCCCGAAUUGGAUUUGUAGGUUUUCCAUCUGUAGGAAAAUCAACACUGCUAUCUAAUUUAGCAGGAGUAUACUCUGAGGUUGCAGCCUAUGAGUUCACAACACUUACAACUGUUCCUGGUUGUAUUAAAUAUAAGGGUGCUAAAAUUCAGCUACUUGACUUGCCUGGUAUUAUUGAAGGUGCUAAAGAUGGCAAGGGUCGUGGUCGUCAAGUGAUUGCCGUAGCACGCACAUGCAGUCUUAUAUUCAUAGUGCUUGAUGUUUUAAAACCUCUGCAGCACAAAAAGUUACUAGAACAUGAAUUGGAGGGUUUCGGCCUGCGAUUAAACAAACAACCACCAAAUAUAUACUUUAGAAAGAAAGACAAAGGUGGAAUCAAUUUGAACACAACUUGUCCACAAACUGAACUGGAUGUAGAAGCCGUAAAAACAAUUCUCUCAGAAUAUAAGAUACAUAACGCUGAUAUUACACUUAGGUAUGACGCUACAAGUGACGAUCUUAUUGAUGUCAUUGAAGGAAAUAGAAUUUAUGUACCAUGUAUUUACUUGUUGAAUAAAAUUGAUCAAAUUAGCAUAGAAGAAUUGGAUGUAAUCUACAAAAUUCCGCAUUGCGUGCCCAUCUCCGCUCACCACAGGUGGAAUUUUGAUGAUUUAUUGGAGAAAAUGUGGGAAUAUCUCAAGCUUAUCAGAAUAUACACUAAACCAAAGGGCCAACUGCCUGAUUAUAAUGCUCCCGUUGUUUUGCAUGAUGAUAGAACAAGCGUAGAAGAUUUUUGUAACAAGCUGCAUAGAUCUAUUGUGAAGGAGUUUAAAUAUGCCCUUGUAUGGGGUUCAUCCGUGAAACAUCAGCCGCAGAAAGUUGGUAUUGAUCAUGUGCUAGCAGAUGAAGACGUUGUCCAAAUUGUGAAGAAAGUUUAGCAUGACCUACAUAUUGUAUCAAUUAUAAAAAAAAUAUUUUAUUCACCAUCAAGUUAAACUUGUUGAGAUAUCCUAUAUCCACAGGGAUGUAAAUCAGAGGAAAUAUGAUUAUAAGUACAUUAAAAAUUAAAAUAAAUACCUAAAUGUUAAAUUCAUUUUAGCAUUUAUUUUUUGCUACAUGACAAAAAUAUAGUAUAAAUAGAAAGCUUCAAAACUAUUGGUUUUCAAUGUAUUAAGACUCAUAAUUCCACUAUUACAUUCUUGUGCAAGUAUCAUGUUUGGUUUAUCAAUAAACGCAUAUUGUGUUGUAUUUAUUAAGUAACUAUAUUUUAUCUUUUUUUAUGAAUGGUUUAUAAAUGAAAUAUAUGAGAAAGAUUUGUCGAGCUGUCUAUAAGUUAUAGAUUCAUCAACUUACACAUGAAAUAUUGCUAAUAAAAUUAGGCUUGAUAAACCAAAACUGUCUGUAUUUGUUUAAAAUAUUCAAGGCGACAUAUUAUUAUCUCUUCUCUAUAAAACUGUCUUGUAUAUAAUUAAAACUAAAAAUGUCUUUAUUUAUAUUAAGUGCUUAACUCUUUCUGCAUAAUACAACUGGUAUAUUUCCCGUGAAUGUUUACAUAAUGAAAUGAUAUAUUGAAAAAUAUAUCGUGUUAAUUUCUACAGAAUUAAGAUCAACAAACUAUCGCGUGUUUUUGUGUUUAAAACUUUGAAGUUUAACAUUGUGUGUAACUCAGGUUGUUUAUUUCUACAUAUAAGCAUUUAAUUAAGACUUACAGUUAUUUUACAUUGUAAAACAAAAGAUGAAUAAAUAUCGUUAUUUAGUUA